UUCAAGCUUCUUUUUUCAUAGUUAAAUAAAAUCCAUCUUUUCACGAAUAUUUAAUUUGGAGCCAUGAUGAAUUUGAGAAUUUCUAUUAUCAUUGUGUUAUCUUGCAUUAUCACUUCAACUCGUGCAUACGAUCCCGACGCUCUUCAAGAUCUCUGCGUUGCCGAUAAAUCUCACGGAACCAAACUGAAUGGAUUCCCAUGCAAGGAAACAUCAAACAUCACGGCGUCCGACUUCUUCUUCGCCGGAAUCUCAAAACCCGCCGCCAUAAACUCCACUAUGGGUUCCGCCGUGACUGGAGCCAACGUAGAGAAGAUCCCAGGCCUCAACACUCUCUCCGUCUCCUUAGCACGUAUAGACUACGCGCCGGGCGGUUUAAACCCACCGCACACUCACCCACGCGCCACCGAAGUCGUCUACGUCCUCGAAGGAGAGCUCGAAGUUGGAUUUAUCACGACGGCGAAUAAGCUUUUCACUAAAACCAUUAAGAUUGGUGAAGUUUUCGUUUUUCCAAGAGGGCUUGUGCAUUUUCAGAAGAACAAUGGGAAAUCUCCGGCUUCUGUUCUGUCGGCGUUUAAUAGUCAGUUGCCCGGAACGGUUUCCGUUGCGGCAACCCUAUUUGCGGCGGAGCCUGCUUUGCCGGAAGAUGUGUUGACUAAGACUUUUCAGGUGGGGUCUAAGAUGGUUGAUAAGAUUAAGGAAAGGCUUGCCACUAAAAAGUAAUUCUUGAAAGUUUAUCAAACAAAUAAAACAUGAAUAUAUAUUGUAACCGGUUAUGAUGAGAGAAACCUAGAAAGGUUAUCUUUAACACUACUGUAAUUGACAAAAAAAAAGAAGAAGGUAUUACUGUGAUUAUCUUGUUGAUGUGA